GUCCCGCCAGCUUCCGCCAGAGCAGCUCAGAGCCACGCGGCGCGCCCGGGAGGUUUGGUUGUAGGCUAACAGCUGUUUACUCCCGGGGUCUCGGGCCGCCGCCUUCGGCACCGCGGGGUCGAAUCUUCCCUCUUGGACCCAGGAAUCUGGGCCCCUCUCUUCCCGGAGCUCCGUCUUCUGGCUUCCAGACUCACUCCCCAGCCCUGUUUCCAGGACCCCGCCAACCUGCAGGUUCCCGCCUCCCGGAUCCAGGCGUCCCGGAUCUGAGCCACCAGGACCUAGCCUCUUGAAGACCUCCGCCGCUCGGGCGUCUUCAACCCUUCCGGAGCCGAGGACCCCAGGGUCCCAUUUCGAGAAACUCCCGUGUUCCUAAACCCUACGGUCAAGAACGCCAGCGCUCCCACCUCCCUGCUUUCAGCGCCGGGCACAGACCGAAAACAGAGGAACCGCAGCGCCCAGCCAAGGUACUCUCAAACAUUUCAGCUUAUAAGAGCCAAGGAACUUGAGCGCUGUGAACUCACAACUGCAAAGAAUUCUUGAAAGUUCUAGCCUCCGGACUCUGUUAAAGUUUUAAGGAACGUCAGCGUCCUGGAAAGGAACCCCCAAACGCUCCCAGCUUGCAGGCGCUAAGGAACCAGCGGCGUUCAUCAUGGUGGCCGAUCCGCCUAAGGGAGACCCCAAAGGGUACGCGGCGGCGGAGCCCACCGCCAACGGUGUCUCGACGUUGGUCCCCAUAGAGGACGCAGGCUCGGUAAAAGGCGGCCGUUGCGGUUCCUGGGGUCAGGUGCGUCGCUGCCUUCGCGCUAACCUGCUCGUGCUGCUGACGGUGGUGGCCGUGGUGGCCGGUGUGGCGCUGGGACUGGGGGUCUCGGGAGCCGGCGGCGCGCUCGCCCUGGGCCCCGCGCGCCUGCAAGCCUUCUCCUUUCCGGGAGAGCUGCUGCUGCGCCUGUUAAAGAUGAUCAUCUUGCCUCUGGUGGUGUGCAGCCUGAUCGGCGGCGCCGCCAGCCUGGAUCCGAGCGCGCUCGGCCGCCUGGGCGCCUGGGCGCUGCUCUUUUUCCUCGUCACCACACUGCUAGCGUCGGCGCUCGGCUUGGGCUUGGCGCUCGCGCUGCAGCCGGGCGCCUCCUUCGCCGCCAUCAACACCUCGGUCGGAGCCAUGGGCCGGAUGGAAGAGGCCCCCAGCAAGGAGGUGCUCGAUUCGUUCCUGGAUCUUGUGAGAAAUAUCUUCCCCUCCAACCUGGUGUCUGCAGCCUUCCGCUCAUACGCUACCUCCUAUGAGGAGAGAUUUUUCGACGGCACCGUGGUGAAGGUGCCCAUUGGGAGCGAGGUUGAGGGUAUGAACAUUCUGGGCCUGGUGGUGUUUGCCAUCGUCUUUGGCGUGGCCCUGCGGAAGUUGGGGCCCGAGGGAGAGCUGCUCAUUCGCUUCUUCAACUCCUUCAAUGAUGCCACCAUGGUGCUGGUCUCUUGGAUCAUGUGGUAUGCCCCUGUGGGCAUCUUGUUCCUGGUGGCCGGCAAGAUCGUGGAGAUGGAGGACGUGGGGCUGCUCUUUGCCAGUCUCGGCAAAUACAUCCUAUGCUGCCUGCUCGGCCACGCCAUCCAUGGGCUCCUGACACUGCCCCUCAUCUACUUCCUCUUCACCCGCAAGAACCCCUACCGCUUCCUGUGGGGCAUCAUGACGCCGCUGGCCACCGCCUUCGGGACCUCCUCCAGCUCCGCCACGCUGCCGCUGAUGAUGAAGUGUGUAGAGGAGAAGAAUGGAGUGGCCAAACACAUCAGCCGCUUCAUUCUGCCCAUUGGUGCCACGGUCAACAUGGACGGUGCCGCGCUCUUCCAGUGUGUGGCUGCAGUGUUCAUUGCACAGCUUAACCACCGGCCCUUGGACUUCGUGAAGAUUAUCACUAUCCUGGUCACGGCCACAGCAUCCAGUGUGGGCGCAGCGGGCAUCCCAGCUGGAGGGGUGCUCACUCUGGCCAUCAUUCUCGAGGCGGUCAACCUGCCGGUUCACGACAUCUCUUGGAUCUUGGCGGUGGACUGGCUAGUGGAUCGGACCUGUACCAUCCUCAACGUGGAAGGUGACGCCUUUGGGGCGGGACUCCUCCAGAGUUACGUGGAUCGCACAGAGAACCGCAGCUCCGUGCCGGAGCUGAUCCAGGUGAAGAGUGAGAUGCCCCUGGCCGUGCUGCCGGUCCCCAGCGAGGAGGGGAACCCUCUCCUCAAAGGCUGCCCAGGACCUGCUGGGGAUGCUGACACCUGUGAGAAGGAAUCAGUCAUGUGAAUCCCCAUAGAGACCUUCCCUGCCCCGAUGGGGGGCACUUUGGACAUCGGAAUCAUGGGGGAUGGAUGAACGGACAAACAAGGCUCUUGGAGGGCCCUGCCCACACAUUUGGGAGCGAUGGGCCUCAGUUCCCUCCCUGACAUCAGAUCCGGAAGGCCUCGCUGCUGGGGUGUAUGUUGUUUGUGUGUGAAUGAGUGUGUGUGUAUGUGUGUGACUGUCUCCAAAUCUGCCCAGUCCUCAACUCCUGGCCCCCACCCAAGGCUAGGAAACCAUAUGAGAUGGAGAAGUAGCAGUGGCCUCCACACCCCAUCCUGGCAGCUUGCUUCGCCUUCCUGUCUCGGGGCACAGGGCAUCAUGGGAAAUUCUGUCCUCUGAGAGGAAGGAUGUUCUGACAGGUUGCUGGCUCCUUUGCUGGUUAUUUUGGUGGCUGUAGCUGCGUGUGUGUGUGUGUGUUCUGUGACUCCACGGUACAUCCCACCCUGUCCCUGGGCCCUCUGUUCCCUCCACAAUAGCAAACACUCCUUGGGAACACUGAAGGGAGACGGAUAACACAUUGCUGUUACUCUGAGGAUGUUUAUAACAAUAAAAUUGUCAGUUAUAUCUCA